AGAGGCAGACUACCCUACUUCUACUAUUGGAAGAGGAUUCCUUUCUCCUAUGUUACUUUGAGAAAGGAAUGCCAAUUCUUUAAUCAACUAUCCCUAUCCCUAUCCCUAUCCCUAUCCCUAUCCCCAUCCCCAUAUAAUAUAAUAUAUAUAUAUACUUUCUAUUACUUCUGCAGCUUAUAUUAGUUUCUACGUAAACUGAAAUUAAUUAAAUAAAACAUUUCUUCAACGAUAAAGCAAUCCAAACGCCAUUAUAAUCAUCAUGAUGAUGUCAAUUUUCAGUCCUUUUGAUGCGCUCUCUGCUGAGAUAUUUGGACAAAAGGUGAACCACUCUUGGGUACCGCCAACUUCUGACAAGAAGCAACAAGAAGGUGUGGGCCCUAUUAUAUCUGAACGCAAGAUGGCUGCCGCUUCUUCGCCGUCUAUUUCAUCUACUGGUGGACUGAACAAGGCAGGAGAGGUGACGGUGCCGUCGCGUCCACAGCAGCAAAGAUUUGCGCCGGAAUUGGAUGGCGUUAACUGUUUUGAAUCUAUUUUUCCCUAUUGAUUUUACAUUAAAUAAUUCCAAGAUUGAAAUUCUUUAUUUGUGUCUAAUCAUGAUUAUGAUUGUGAUUAUGUACUGAUCUGCCGUAAUUUCAGGAGAUUGAUAUACAACAAUAUUUGGAUUCUAUUUUUU